UUGCUCGUCGAGGGAUGUGUAAGCCGUCGUCUCCCACCUUACACUCCGACAUCAUGACUCUCCUCUCCGGUUCUAAGCCCUUCUUCGUGCAGCUUGAGACUCAACCCUACUCUAUCCCCGGCUGUCUCAGGGCUCCCGGUUCUUUCGAAUUCUCUUACCAAGCCAGUUUUCUCGCCCUGAGGAUCGCCAGUCAACUACUUUUCAUACAUAAGAGUACGGAAGUCAUAACAUCGCGCUCAUUUGACCCCGGCGUUACCAGACGAGCUCGGUUUCAGAAGACCCAGAAGGCGCGUUCUCGGCCGACCAUGUCGCCUCGGAAAGACACCUUAUGAG